GGUCUGCAGGGCGGAGGCGGCGGCGGAGGCGGAGGCGGCGUGGGUGAAUGCCGGGGGCCGCUCCUGAGCCCAGCGUCUGCACGGGGGCGGGGCCGCCCGGCGCUGUCCCGCCAUGAAGGACAACACCCCCAAGAGAAGAGAGCUGGUGAAAUGCGUGGUUGUGGGCGACACCGCCGUGGGCAAGACGCGGCUCAUCUGCGCGCGGGCCUGCAACAAGCACGUCUCCCUGUCGCAGCUGCUGACGACGCACGUCCCCACCGUCUGGGCCAUCGACCAGUACCGCAUCUACAAAGAUGUGUUGGAACGGUCCUGGGAGGUGGUUGAUGGAGUCAAUGUGUCUCUUCGAUUGUGGGAUACAUUUGGUGAUCAUGAGAAGGAUCGGAGAUUUGCAUAUGGAAGGUCAGAUGUGGUGCUGUUGUGUUUUUCCAUUACAAAUCCAGUUUCACUGAGAAACUGUAAGAUUAUGUGGUACCCUGAGAUAAGGCGAUUUUGUCCUCAAACACCAGUUCUGCUUGUUGGGUGCAAGAGUGAUCUGCGUUACAUGUACAGAGAUGAGACAUAUCUUAGCUUCUUCAGGGAUCGUAGUCCUUUUGUGAGGCCAACUAGAAAAAGUGAUCUGGUGAUGCCUGACCAGGCCCGCACAAUUGCUAAGGAACUGGGUAUACCCUACUAUGAGACCAGUGUUCUCACUUAUUAUGGUGUGAAUGAAGUGUUUGAAAAUGCAAUUCGUGCUGCUCUUAUUGCUCGGAGACAGCAGAGAUUUUGGAUGACAAAUCUGAAGAAAGUUCAGCGUCCUUUGCUGCAGGCACCGUUCCGUCCUCCCAAGCCACUGCCACCAGAACUUCAUGUGACAGCUAGCAGCUAUGCAGAAAAUAUGCAAGCACUGUGGCUACAUCAAGCCUACACAGAUGUUGUUUUUGUGGCAGGUAGUAUAGGUUUCUCAGCACACCGAUUUGUUUUGGCAGCUGCUUCACCUACUUUUCACAAGCUGCUAGUUGCAGGACUUGAUCUGGGAGUGCGCAGUUCUAGUGAGUCCAGUAUGGUAAGCACAUUUGGUGAGGCAACUGUGGGUGACUUCAAUGAUGAUACAGAAUGCCUCAUUCGUCAGUCUGACAGUUACUUCAAACCUUCUCGUGUCUGGGAGCAGUUGAAACGGCGCUCCAGUUGCCAGGUCCUCACCACAGACAGCAGUAAGAGAUUAGGAUCUUCACGAGAACUCAACCAUCCAGCUCUCCAAGCAAUUAGAAUUGAACAGUGUGAGGCUACCAAUACUGUUGGAGGGAGCCAGAGACCUAACAGGCCAUGCUGCAGUGUUCAGACUGUAAUAACAUUAACUAAACUGGUAACACCACAAGCCAUGCAGCAAUGCCUACAGUUUUUGUACACAGGAUCCAUUGACCCACGGUACUGUGAAUUGCAAGAAAUAAGACAGGCAGCUGAAUUCCUUGAAUUACCAGAACUGCUCAGUUUUGUCAGCAACAUUCAAGCUCAUGAAGAAUUUCUGAAUGCUGAUGUGAAACAGCAAUAUCGGAAGGAAGUACGCCGUCGGUUGGAAGAUCUGUGUCUUGGCCAGGGAUUGUUCUCUGACAUUGUUUUCCAACUGGAUGAUGGCUCAUAUAGUGCCCAUCGUCCAAUGUUAAUGGCUCGUUGUGAUAUGAUGAAAGCAAUGUUUUCAGGGGACUUCAGGGAAAGUAGUGCCAAAGUGAUCCUGUUCCCAGGAGUGCGAGAAGACACAUUUCAUCAAUUACUUGUGUAUUUGUAUACAGAUGAUGUACCACCAGUUUCUCCUUCAAGAUGCCUUGAUCUGCUUGAACUAGGAAAUCGGCUAUGCCUGCCACGAUUAGUAAAUCUAGUUGAAAAACGGGUAGUGGAGGAACUGUCACAUUUAGCGUCAGCUUCCAUUGAUGGUGCCCCAUCUGAUGCCGUGCUAGAGCACUGUUUACGCCUGCUCGAACCAUGCAAGUUACACAAUGCUGACCAAUUAGCUGACUGGUGCAUGAAUUAUUUGUGUACAAACUACAACAGACUUUGUAAGAUGUCUCCAAAACUGCUCAAAACUCUCCAUCCAGAAAACCAGGACUAUCUGAGCGAGCAUCGCUGGCCACCAGUCUGGUACUUGAAAGAUUAUGAUUACUACCAGAAGUGUGUGGCUGAGCGUGAGAGGGAGGAAAAACCAUCUCUGAAGAGGAGCCGACAUAAUUCAGGUGGCUGCUUGUGCUUCACUGGGGGGAAAGCUCGUCGCGACACAUCUAGGAGUGGCGCUGCAUCCGAUAUUAGGCAUGCAACUGUAUGACAGUGCUGCUCCGGGUGUGGGGGUCGCCCCCUGGCCCUUGCUCUCGGAUUUUCAGCCUUUGUGUGUGCAGUGGUCACAACAUUCACAUUACUUGUGCAGUUUUGGUAGAUUCUUUGCAUCAGUGGACUAAAUUGUUGUUACUGAAUAUCAGUGGCAUAAACAUUUGUGUGGUAAUCUUUCUUUUACAACAGUGAGUACAUUUUGUGGAGACCAAGAAAUUAGCAAAUCAUUCUAUACUUACUGUAACAGAAACCGAAGAUUCACAUUUUACUGAAAGUGUGAAUAAAAGGACUGCAAGUGCUUUGUAAUGCAUUAGUGCAUACAUCACACACAGUGGUCUUGCACUUUAAUAUGACUGAUGAAAAGUGACAACCAAAGAGAAAAAUAUAAAUUCUGGAAAUAUUGUGACAUCCUGUGAGUGAGUGAAUGUGUGUGUGUGUGUGUGUGUGUGUGUGUGUGUGUGUGUGUGUGUGUGAGAGAGAGAGAGAGAGAGAGAGAGAGAGAGAGAGAGAGAGAGCGAACUUAAGUAAGUGUAUGUGUGAUUCAGGUACAGAGCAGUGCAUUUAGUAUUUAGAUGCAUUUUGUGACAACUUUUAUAAUAAAAAUCAAUGAAAGAAUGAUAAAAGUGUUCUUUACAGGGAACUUCAUAGUAGCUACAAUAGCAGUCAAAAUAGUAAUUACUUCUGUCAUUACAAAUUACUUUUUAUUUCUGCUGGAGUGUGAAAAUGUUUUAUGUGCAUUGUUCACUUUAGUCUGCUUUGAUCAGUGCAGAUUACUCGUAAUUCCUAACCUACAAGAGUGUUAAAAUUGUUAAUCAUAAAAAAAUCUCUCUUCUAUCAUUACCUUAAUGCCUGGUACUAUUCUCAGCAUUACUUACCUGAAAAUUUAGGCCUAUUCUGUACUGUUCAGUAUAAUCUGAUGAAUCACGCAGGGUAUGGUCUUGAUGUGGUUGUUACAAUUCAAUUUUAAGUGCAUAGUAAUUCCAAAUAUUUCAUUUUGCAUUAAUCAACAUCGUAACAAUGACUUUAAAUCAAGGAACUUUAUUUCUCCUUUUUUCGUCAGUCCUGCAUUUUUGUCAUGGCCACAACAUAAAAAAAUGAAAAGGUUUGUUAUGUUUCAUUGUCAUUAUUAUACUCCUAUGUGCAUGGCACAGCAUAGAUUUGAUACGUUUCACAGUGUCUUUUUUUUUUUUGCAACAAAAAUUCAUUUCACUUGUAAAUAACUGUUUAGCAACUUUAUGAUAACUUCACAUUUUAUUCUUUUAAAUCAAAAAUCAAACCCAUUAGUGUCACUCAUUAACAAAUGUUUUUGAAUAUGUAAACGGGGAAAAGGUAGCUCUGCUGCACCAAUCCAGGAAAGGUCUGGCUGAUUUGAAAAUGUUGCACUUAUGGCAAUUGUAUUGCAUCGAAAUGGUACACCAAUAUCAUCAGUAUUCUGAGCAGACAGAAGAAAUGUAGGGUUGAAAUAAUGUUUCCAUGUUGCUUUUGUAUAGUUUUUCUUAAUCUCACUUCACAUGCUAUAGCACACAUGCCUUGCUCUGCAUCUCAGGCAGUCUUUCUGUAUUAUGGACACUAGUUAAUAAACAUUUGAUUACCAAUACUGUGUAAGUCAUGAAUGUUCAUCACUUUCAAGCUACGUUUUUACGGAAAGUUUGCACUGUGAUAAAAUCUGUAAAAUAUUUUUAUGCUACAAAAAAAUUGUUGUAUCUUUGUUCUUAUAUACUGCUCAAGAGCUUAAAAGAAUUGUGGAGUUAUUUUGUAGUAUUCUUCAAAUUAACUCCCAUUUUUCAGGAAAACUGGCAGUAAUCCAGACUUAAGUUUAGUUCAUAGUUGACAGAAAAGGAGAUUUCAAAGCCCUAAUCUGCAUAAUUUUAGUUUUAAAGAAUGAAAGCUCUCUUUUUCUUAGUCACGUAUUCAAAUCAACAUGUUCUGUUUUCCAAAUAUUCCUUGCUAUUGUACAUAACUGAACAGUUUUUUAUACUAAUAAUUGUUCGUAGAAUGAAUGGAAGAUGGAAGCUGUUCAUGAGUAGCAUAAUGUGUAUGUGAUCACUGAAUCUGGUGUAUGCAGGACACAUGAAUAUCAAAUGUAAAUGCUUACCUAGAGCAGAUACGCCUACCACAUGCAAACCCUGCCAUGCCUAAACUUUUCUGCAGGCACAAAUAAUAUAAUGAAAUGAAUUAAUGCACACUGU